AUGUUUCACGGCUUGAAGGAAAAAGAUAAAAAGCUUUUUGUCAUUGCUCAAAAAAAUGUCCUUGACGGACCUCGGUACUAUCCUUGGUUUAACACACGCAAUACGCCAUUGAGUCUUAUCAAAUGUAAAGAGGGUGAACAAAUUUGGAAUCAUGAAGAAGCGCUGAUCACAAGCAAACAAGCCAUUGAUUUACAUUUAGAAGGUUGGAGAAGGAGUGUGGAGCGUGAAUAUCACAAAAGACUAUUUGUUCAGAAAAUGGCUAAUCGUUUGGUUACUGCGUAA